AUGAAAAAAAAUAACAAAAAGUCCUCAAGCACAAAAGUCAAAGUAACUCCUUGUUCCAACGAUCGUUAUUAUAUGGAUCAGUCAAUCGAUGAGGAGGUCUACCUGAAGUAGAAUUAUAAGGUUGUAAGGGAGAUGGGAAGAGGAGGUUAUGGAGUGGUAUACAAAGCUCUUGGACUCAAUUAGGGUCAGGUUGACAAAACAAAAAAAUAUGCCAUCAAGGUUAAUUUUUCAACUGUGUCUCCAGAGUUGAUUUUUGCAGAGAUUGGAUUUUUAAAAUUAGUGUAUGGUAAGGAGAACAUGCCUCAGUUGGUGAACCUAUUUUUGAAGGAUCAAAAAAUCUACAUUGUAAUAGAAUACUUUACCUUUAAACCAUUUAUAACAUUUUUUGCAAACUUUGACAUGAUGCAAAUAAGAAAAUAUCUUUAUGAAUUAUUGAAGGCUUUGAAUCUUUUGAAAUAGAAUGGCAUCUACCAUCGAGAUGUGAAACCUGGCAACUUUCUUUAUAAUCCCAAAACCUGUAAAGGAAUUUUGAUUGAUUAUGGUCUCAGCGAGAUAGACAGGUCGUUUGUAGCAAAGUUGAUUGAAAAGGAAAAGGAUUUGUCGAAGAAAAAUCCCUAAUCAGAUGAAGUUCAGGAGAUUAGAAGGAAGAUUAAUUUAUAUAAUGAAAUUCAGAAAACUAUUGAUUAAAUUGGAUAAAAUAAGAUUGGAACAGAAAGCUUUAUGCCAUUAGAAAGCAUCCUACAUUAUCAUGAUCAAUCCUACGAGGUGGACAUGUGGGCAGUUGGAGUUAUAUUUUUAUAAUUUUUAACUAAGAAAUACAAUUUAUUUAGUAAUGUUAGAAUGAUAAAUAAGCCGGUUCCAACUAAGAAUUUUUUCUAUGUUAACUUUAUUUUGGAAUUAGCAAGUUUAUUUGGAUCUGAACAAGUGAGGUAAAUUUGCGAUUUGUUUGAAUACGAUUUAAAGUUACCAUCAGUCACAGCAACUAAGCCAAUUAAAUGGAAAUAGAUAAUAAACAUGGAAGGCUUUGAUGACAAUGCAGAAGAUUUAUUAUCAAAACUCCUAUGUUUACAUCCAAAAUAGAGAAUUAAAGUUGAAGAUGCUUUAAAGCAUCCUUUCUUUCAAACUGUAGUGUCUAAAGAAUAGUAAGCAGACACAAACGUCUAAAUAGAAUAAGAAUUUAAUAUUAUUAAAUAAACUGAAAUAUGA